UCAUUGGUCGACGGUGGCCAUGUUUGCACUCUCAGCUGUCUGGAUGCGGGGGCUAGCUAACCGGUUAGCCGUCUGAGCUACGUUGGCUUUCUUUUUCUUUACUGCCGUGGGCUGGAAUUGACGAACAAGCUCUGCCGCCGCGCUAACAUCCGGCUUGUUCGUACGCCGCGAUGCCGGUGCACUCCCGGGAGAAGAAAGAGAGUAACCACGAAGAAAUGGAGGUGGACUUUCCCGAGCAGGACGGCAGCAGCACGGACGAGGAGGACACCGUCAGCUCAUCGGUGUCCGAAGAUGGAGACACCUCUGAGAUGGACGACGAGGACUGUGAGAGGAGGAGGAUGGAGUGCCUGGAUGAGAUGACCACCCUGGAGAAACAGUUCACCGACCUGAAGGAGCAGUUGUACAAGGAGCGUCUGAGCCAGGUGGACAUUAAGCUGCAGGAGGUGAUGGCUGGCUGUGCCCAAGAGUACCUGGAGCCGUUAGCCAACCUGCAGGAGAACAUGCAGAUCAGGACCAAAGUGGCUGGGAUCUACAGGGAGCUGUGUUUGGAGUCGGUGAAGAAUAAGUACGAGUGUGAGAUCCAGGCAGCCUGCCAACACUGGGAGAGUGAGAAGUUGCUGCUGUUUGACACUGUGCAGAGUGAACUGGAGGAGAAGAUAAGAAGACUGGAAGAAGACAGACACAGUAUUGACAUCACCUCAGAGUUGUGGAACGAUGGAUUGCACUCACGGAAAAACAAGAAAAAAGACCCGUUCACCCCUGUCAAGAAGAAGAAGCCUGUCGUUGUUUCUGGACCGUAUAUCGUUUACAUGCUGCAAGAUCUGGACAUUCUUGAAGACUGGACCGCUAUAAGAAAGGCGAUGGCAUCACUGGGGCCACCCAGGGUGAAGGUGGACGUCCCUGCAGUCAAGCCUGACAGGCAUCACCAUGUGGCGCGCUCCGAGGACGGUCGACUUUUCUAUGACAACCAUUGGUACUGCAGGGGACAGGCCAUCUGUAUCAACAGGAAGGACGAGUACCCGACAAGCGCCAUCAUCACCACAAUCAACAACGACGAGGUGUGGUUCAAACGACUGGAUGGCACCAAGUCAAAGCUGUACAUCUCCCAGCUGCAGAAAGGCAAAUACACUAUCAAGCACUCAUAAAACCAUACUGACACCCGCUCACACACACACACACGCACACACACGCACACACGCAGUACAACGAGCAUCAUCCCUGCCAUGUUUCCAUGUCGUAUCUCUCUACAUGCUUGCCAUAUGUACAGUUCACGAGCACACGCUGACAUCCUUAAAAGUUUUUUACUCUAAGCCUGACAAAAAAAAACACACACACACACACACACACACACACACACACACACACACAACGAAAAAGAAACAAACAAAAGUCAACUGACCGUUUUAGAAAAUGUUCUUCUGUGUAAAUAUGUAUAUGUAUGUUGAUAUUAUCGACAAGGCCACAAAGUGUUAUUCUCUCUGGAAUGGAGAGCAAUGCAAAGUGCUGCUACAAAAAAAAAAAGAAGAAAAUAAAGGGAGGAGAACCGGAGCAGUAGCGAACUUUGAAGCUCAGUCGCGUGCCUUUCUUAGACGAGAUAAUGCCUCGGCUGAUUUACAAAAAAAAUGAAAGAAAAAAAAAGUCCAGAACUAUUAAUGCAGUGAAGCCUUAGCACCAAGAGGACUGAAGCGGGUCAAUGAGCGAGCGAGUGGGCGAGAAGCCCUAAACCAGGUGAGGAUGCUGUUAGACUUGAAUUUCAUGCUCCACAGAGCCUAAUAAAUCUGUGUUCAGAUCCCUGGGGAUCGCAGUUUGAGAGAAUGUAUGUACUAGAGACGCCGUACUAAAUGAUCUCUUGAUUUGUUGAUGUUUCAGUGUAAUUUUACCAGUACUACAUUUACCAAAAAAAAGUUAAAAUCAAGGCCAGCCCCCAUGAAUUCAGCAAAACGUGACGGAUGUUUAAGAAGCCUGAAGAAAUGGGAGGUGCCCUAUAUAAAUGUAGAGAUGACAAUGUAUUUUGUGUUUCACUCUUUCUUCCCUCUGGCUCCUGUCGUGUCGCCAUGCGUCUGACAGUGCCUGGAGCUUUACAGUUAAAGGAAGCACAUUUUAAUCAUCCUAUCAAGUGACAAUUGCUAAGUUGAUAGGAAAUAAACCGGGUUGACUUUUACCAGAAUGUCCCCUCUUAGGCAUGAUCCUAAAAAAAAGUUCAACUCUACAGAUUUUGGCUGAUUUUCUUCUUUGGGCAUGGAACGGAAUCAGAUUUGUACUUCAUGGCGCCAUUUCUCGUAUAUUUUGUCUUUAUCCAGCCUGUUUGUGUCUGCUAUAAAUAAAACGGCUGCAAGGCUAAGAUACUAAGCACUGCAGUGUAAAUGUUACAUCUCUACAAAUCAAAAGUAUUUCCUGUUCCCUGCCCUUUCCCCUUGUCUCUGUUCCCCCCUCUGUUGUCACUUCUCUUUCCCUGUUCCCUUUAGUCGUGCCUCUCACUUUGCUGCCACUAAAACGUUCCUCAGCACUUGUGUUUUUAACAGCAGAAAGAGAAAGACAUUUUCUUUUGCAUACAAUCAAGCAAUGUAAAGUCUGUUUGGGUCAAUUAGGAUGCUUUAUACUUUCAAUAUUGCAUACGUAUUUCAAUUAUUACCUGACAACAGUAUUUUAAAGAGAGGUGCUUGCAAACACUUUACCAUAAACAUCCAGAAAAGGCUUGUGAAUCUUAAUAUGGAAUCCACUGAGUAGUACUGUUUUUUUUUUUUAAUUUUUGGUUCCUUUUCCCCAGAGGUAAACGGGGAAACCGUAACAUUGUGCCAACGCAUGUACAGAUGAUUAAAGAUUUUUGUUUUGAAUUGUA